AUGGCCUUCGCUGGUCUCGCCCCUCCGGAACCGUUCCUGCCGACGCCGGGACGCCCGUCCGUACCCUGGCAGCAGUGGCAUGGCAUGUUCAACGUCUACCUGCUUGCGUCUGGUGCUGCCGAAUUUCCUCCGGAGCGACGCAAGGCCCUUCUCCUGCACUGUCUGGGAGCCGAAGGCCAGCGAAUUUUCAACACACUACCUGACACGAAUCCUCCAAGCACCGCCCAGGACACCGGCAAAGGCGCAACGAGCAAGCCGGACGUCUACGCCAUCGCCGUCGCUUCCUUAGCCCAACACUUCGCUACAACCACACCCCUGGUCAUCGAGCGACACCGCUUCCACCGGCGUUUCCAAUCCCCAGGCGAGUCUGUUCAUGACUUUGUUGCCGCGCUACGUGAGCUCGCAACACCGUGUUGCUUCGCGUCACAAGAAGAGGCACUACGAGACCAAUUCGUGACCGGCGUGUCGUCUAACCGCGUUCGUGAACGCCUGUUGCUGGAAGGUUCGUCGCUGCCGUUUUCCACCGCAGUCCAGAUAGCCCUUCAACAAGAACAAGCGGCUGAACAAAUGAAAGAAUUUUCUGCGUCUGUACAACCAUUGUAG